GCAAGGAGUUAUUAUCGCAGACAUGGGCCAAGGAGCCAGAGGCCGCCCAGAGGCCCAGGGUCGGUGAGCCGCAGGGCGAGGCCUCAGGACACAGGGUCACCAUGGGGACACCUACCCUGGGUCCCCUCUGGGCAGUACUCCUGCUCCCUCUUGUGGUGUCUGGGGUCCCCACUGAGGAGCCCACCUCCGGGGAAGCUGUGGCCUCCAACCUCUCUGGGGGCUGCCGACGGUGCUGUGACUCCGAGGACCCCCUGGCGGAUGCUGCGGAGGUGUCCCCAGCCUCUCCAUCUGCCCUUCCCUACGUCCUGCCCGAGGUCAGGCCCUACAUCAACAUCACCAUCCUGAAGGGUGACAAAGGGGACCGUGGCCCGCUGGGCACCCCGGGGAAACUGGGCAAAGAGGGUCCCCGAGGGGACCGUGGCCCGCAGGGUGCCAAGGGCGCCAAGGGGCAGGCCGGCAGCCCGGGCAGCCCGUGCCAGACGCGCUCCUCGGCCUUCUCCGUGGGCCGCAAGACGGCGCUGCACAGCAGCGAGGGCUUCCAGCCGCUGCUCUUCGACACGGUCUUCGUGAACCCCGACGGCCACUUCGACAUGGCAGCCGGCCGCUUCGUGGCGCCCCUGCGCGGCCUCUACUUCUUCAGCCUCAACGUGCACAGCUGGAACUUCAAGGAGACCUACGUGCACGUGGUGCACAACGAGGCGGCCGCCGUCAUCCUGUACGCGCAGCCCAGCGACCGCAGCAUCAUGCAGAGCCAGAGCGUGAUGCUGGCGCUGGCGCCGGGCGACCACGUCUGGGUGCGGCUCUUCAAGCGCGAGCGCGAGAACGCCGUGUACAGCGACGACGUGGACACCUACAUCACCUUCAGCGGCCACCUCAUCAAGCCCGAGGACGACUGAGCGCCUCCUGGGGCUGCAGCCGGCUCCUCUGGGAACAGGGUCUCUCCUCACUGCCACCUCCACCCGUGCCCCCAGCGUGCUCCUGUCCCUCUGUCCUCUCCUGGACUCACUUUCUGACCUGAGUUUUCUAGGCCUCUUCCAACCUGGAAGCCCAGUGUGUCCUCCCCGGGGACUGUUCCCCGGGUCUGGGCCAGGGCUCCAGCUUACUGUCUAGAUCCUGGGCGAUGCUGAUGCUGCUGGUCUGUGGACCAUGUUUAAGUCAUCAGGUUCUAGAACUUUCCCAACAUUCUAGUCCUUCUGAACAUUCUGGAAUCCCCCCUCCUAGGAUUCUCCCCACAUCCUCAGAUUCUCUCGUCACUCUGCACUCUCCCCCUCUUCUGUUCUCUGUGCCCUUUCCCCUCUUCUCUCACCCCCUCUCCACCCCCAUCUCUGCACCCACCUUUCAUUUAUUCAUUCAUCAAACACCGAGCACUCACUCCGCCAGGCCCUGGGAAAGCUGAGGUAGUCAGACCCAGGCCCUGCCCCCUGCCCCUUCCCAGUGUCCCCUGCCCCUGGUGAGCUCCCAGUCUAGCCCUGGUGGGGGUGGGGGCAGACACCAUGGGUGCUCUGGAGGUCUGAACCAGAUCCUACAAGGCCGAGAGCUGUGUCCACACAGGCCCGUGUCUGGGUGUGCAGCCAGUUGGGUCCUCAUUUUCCACUGCUCCCUGAUGGCACAGGGUCCCCAGGGUGGAAAUGGAAUCCUCCUCCUGUGUGUGCCCUGCUGUCCAAUGCCCGUCAGAGCAAACCCCAGAGGGGCCUUGCCCAGUUCAAGGGUCCUGUGAAAAGACCCAGGAAUUGGGAGCAUUUGGGGGGUAAAGCACCCCUGUGGAAUGACACCAGGCUCCUGGCUUGCCACAGAGCUGGUGUAGGGACCCAAGAGGACUCCCCGACUUGUCCCUGGCUCUCCCCCACUGUCCUGUCCCAGGGCUCUGCCAGGGCCUCGCUCAGCCCCUCUUGCCAAAGGCAUCUGAGCCUGUUUCCCAGAACUUCCAGCCACUGGCAGACACCCAUGUCUGACCCCAGGUGCUCUCCAACGCUCUAGGUCCCUCUCGCUAGCCCAGUGUUCCUGACUCACCAGGCUCUGUCAAGGUGCUAAGGCCCCAGGGGGCAGCUCCUGUCUGCACAGCCCCUGCCAGCCUGGCAAUGGGCCAGGACGGAAGGCUCGGGCUGUGGGGCCCUCAGCAGGUCUGGGAGCAGGGGCAGCAGUGUUCAGGUCAUUUGUCCCCCACCCCAGCCAUGCCGCCAAGAGAGGCCCUGGAGAGGCCAAAGGAAAGCAGGACAUCAGGCCUCUGUCUCUCUCCCUUCUCCAGGGCGCGUGGCCUGGUGGCUGCCAGCCUUCCUCUGCCCCAGCCCAGGUAGCCUGACCUUCUCCCCAGAGGGAGGUCACCUCUGCCCACUGGUGCUUCUGCAGAUUCUGGGGCAGAGGUGGCCUUGGGGGGUGGUCUCUGGUGCUCACAGCCAAGGGAGCUGUGGCCACGUGGGCAGGCCACGGGAGCAGGGCCUGCCAUGUGCCACAAAGGCUGGUGCUGUAAAACCACCCAGCCCUGCUGUGCCCGGCCCCGCUUGCCCAGCGCGAUUAAAGG